AUGGACUACGAGAUUCUGCUCAGAGGAUUACGAGCCUGUGCUGAACGUGCCUCGAAGUCGCGCACGACAAACUUGGAUCGAAUUUCGAAGACCGCCAAUGCAUUGUUGGAAAGAAGAAGGGCUUUGAGGCUUGAUCCGAAUGCAUCGCACAUUGAGCGAAAGAAAGGAUCCCAGACCUCGCGAACCGUUCUUAUCCAUAAGAAAGGUGGCCGAGAGGACCUUCAGAACUACCGUCCGAUAUGCUUGCUGAGCGUGUUAUACAAAGUAUUCACCAAGAUCAUCCUCACACGCAUAUCUAGGACGCUGGAUGAAGCUCAGCCUCAAGAACAAGCUGGAUUCCGCCAAGGGUUCAGCUGCUUGGACCACAUCCAGACCGUGUCGAAGGUCAUAGAAUUUUGCCGGGAAUACCGCCUGCUCCUUUUUCUAACCUUCGUCGACUAUAAGAAAGCCUUCGACAGCGUACAAACGGAUGUAAUACUGUCAGCGCUGGUCGGUCAAGGUGUAGACGCGUCGUAUGUGAGGACAUUAGCCAAUUGCUACGAACGAUGCACGACUAGGAUACAGCUUUUCCACCACCCUCUCACCAUUCCCAUUGGAAAGGGGGUACGACAAGGCGAUACUAUAUCGCCGAAGCUGUUUACGGCUGCAUUGCAAUGGAUAAUGAAAUCACUAUCCUGGGAAGGAAGGGGCAUACGUGUUGAUGGAAGAUUUCUCUCGAACCUUCGUUUCGCGGACGACAUCGUUUUCUUUUCGAGCAGUACCAAUGAAGCAGAAACGAUGCUCAGCGAAUUGAACGAAGCAGUGAAGAGGAUAGGACCACGAAUAAACAGAAAGAAGACACAAUUCAUGAAGAACGCCUACUGCGAGGACGGAGGAGUACAACUUGAAGGCUUCCAAAUCGUGGAAACUCCGUCAUACGUAUACCUCGGACGUUCUAUGAACAUGGAAAACGACUUGAAGGAAGAUCUGAAUAGAAAAAUGAGAGCAGCAUGGCAGCACUCGCAGCCGUCAGGGAAGCUACGGACCAACUGA